UGCUGCUGCGAAGGCUGUCCUGCCUGUCCCGCGCGGUUUCCAGGUCCCAGCCCACGACCCCUGUGGGCGGCUCAGCGGCCACGUGCUGGGUGGCGGUCCCCUCACCGGCUGCCCUCGCCAAAACAUGGGAUUCCACCCCACUCCACCCCCAGUUACUCGGGCCAGCCCGGACCCUCCACCAGCAGAUGUUUGUUGAGUGCCUACUGUGUGCCAGCCAUGUUCCAGGUGCUGGGAAUCCAGCAGUGACAAGACAUACAAAAACCCUGUCCGAAGAAAGUUUACACGUGGAAGGGGAAGACAGCUCAUGUAUAUCUUUGAAGAAGCAAGCUGCCAUGAGUCCUACAGCCAAAGGAAGCGAAUUCAGGCAACAACUGAUUGAACUUGGACGCAAACUCUUCUCUAGUCGAGUCUCCUGGUGGAUGAGAACCCAGCCCUGGCUGACACCUUGAUUGCAGCCUUACAGAAGACCCAGCCAUGUCACUGCCACGUGUUCUUCAGGAGACUGAGCAAAUCAUUCUUCACCACAAGAAAUGUAAUCAGAAGAUACAGACACAGUUAGGAGUCCAUCGCCAAGUAGUUGGCAGAGAGAUGAUCUGUGGCUAUCACGAAAAGAUUAAAAGUCCCUGCAAGAUUCUCAAGUCAAUAUAAAUUAUGAAGCUCUCCAAUGCAGGAAGCCCAGGGAAACAAGGUUAUGAUCAGAGGCUGGGCGACAAGGUGCCAACACCAGUCCAUGGAUUUGGAUGUGCCUUCACCGGCCAGGUUUUGGGGGACAGUCACCCACUUAAGGCACUUGGGGGUACUUCCAUGGGACUGGCCACCGUGGAGGCAAUGACAGGCUCUGCAGUCAUCUUCAAGGAACCCGCACGAGGUUACAAAGGAGACAACACCAAACCAGCUUGUGGCAAACCCUGGUGGCCGAAGAAUUUGGACGUGACCCGCCAUUGGCCCUGGGAGGUGAGCCUCCGAGUGGAAAAUGAGCACGUGUGUGGAGGGGCCCUCAUUGAUCUCGACUGGGUGGUGACUGCUGCCCACUGCAUCCAAGGCACAAAAGAGUAUUCAGUGAUUCUCGGCACCUCCAAGCUGAAGCCCACGGACUCCACAAGGGCCCUCUCGAUCCCUGUGAGGGACGUCAUUAUGCACCCCAAGUACUGGGGCCGGAACUUCAUCACGGGUGAUGUUGCCCUCCUCCAGCUUCACACUCCUGUCGUUGUCAGCAAGUACGUGCAGCCCAUCUGCCUCCCGGAGCCCAACUACAACCUGAAGGUUGGGACGCAGUGCUGGGUGACCGGCUGGGGCCAGGUUAAACAGCGCUUCUCAGUCAACUCCACGCUGACCCCAGAGUUGCGGGAGGCCGAGGUGUUUAUUAUGGACAACAAGAUGUGUGACCGGAUUUACCGCAAGAAGUCCCUCAUCCCCCGCGUUGUCCCGCUUGUCCUGGGGGACAUGAUCUGUGCCACCAAUUAUGGAGAAAACUUGUGCUAUGGGGACUCUGGGGGUCCGUUGGCUUGUGAAGUCGAGGGCAGAUGGAUUCUUGCUGGGGUGUUGUCCUGGGAAAAGGCCUGCGCCCAAGUACGUAAUCCAGGCGUGUACACCCAUAUCACCAAAUACAGCAAAUGGAUCAAGAAGCAAAUAAGCAAUGGGGUUCUCUCAGUCCCCUGCACCUCCUCCUGGCUCCUACUCCUGUCCUGGCUGCUGCAGCCCCAGAUGGGCCCCUGA